CUCGUGAAUUCAUCCACCUUCCCCCGCCGAUUCUAGGGUUCUGAUUCUCCAUUUCUAUUAAUAGAAUCGGAGAGGUAGGGAGAGAAUCGCGCGGUUUAGGUUUCCGGCGACGAUGAAGACGGCGACGCAACUGUUCAAAGGGACAAACGUAUUCAUGUCUCGUAACCUGGUACCCCCUGAAGUCUUCGACACACUCCUCGACACCUUCAAGCUAAACGGCGCCGAAAUCUUCCUCUGCUGCGAUCCCUCCCGCAACGGUCCCUCCGACUUCCACGUCAUCGCUUCUCCCCUUCAUGAGAAGUUCGAGGAUCUUAAAGCUAAGGGUUGUAACUUAAUAGGUCCGCAAUGUGUGCUCUCUUGUGCAAAAGAGGGUAGAGCUCUGCCACAAGGGGGAUUCACUUGUUGUUUAGCCAUGGAUGGUCUUAAGGUUCUUGCUUCUGGUUUCCAGAUCGAUGAAAAGGUCAAGAUCGAGAAGCUAGUUACGUCCAUGGGGGGAGUUUUGGUUUCCAGAACUUCUUCAGAUGUCAACUUCGUCAUUGUCAAGAACGUCUUGGCUGCUAAGUACAAGUGGGCCCUGUAUGUUCAGAAGAAGCCAGUUGUUGCACUGAGUUGGUUACAUCAGUGUUGGAAUGAGCAUCGUGUGGUUCCGCAGGAACCAUAUAAGAUUCCUCCUUUUUCUGGAUUGAGGAUCUGUGUCACAAAAAUUCCAGCAGAUCAGCGUAAGGGAAUGGAGAAGCUAAUUUCAGAAAAUGGAGGGAAGUACUCUGCGGAGCUAACAAAGGCGUGUACACAUCUGAUCGCUGAUGCUGCCGAAGGUGACAAAUACAAAGUUGCUCGGAAAUGGGGUCACAUUCAAAUUGUUACGCGGAAAUGGUUUGAGCAGUCCAUUGCUAGAAAAGUUUGUCUCAAUGAAGAGUUGUAUCCUGUUCUGGGUUCCGUAUCCUUGAGUAGAGGGGUGAGAGAUUUACGGAACCAUGAUAAUCAAGAAAAAUUUCCUGAAUGUCCAGUGUCACUUUCGCAUUCGACUGCGGUUGCGGAAGACUCAUAUGCUUCUUAUGCUCAGUCCAGAGAGUCAGAUAUAGAACCAUGUGCCUCACAAAAUCUUCUUUCCAAAUCUAUGAAUCCCAGUAGCCAUGUUAAAGAACCAAGUAAAGACCCAACUACAGAGCCGCAAGAGCAAAAUAUAAGUGGUUGUACCGCCAUGGAUCUAGAAUCUGAAGACAAUGACCUGUACUUAUCAGAUUGUAAAAUUUUCUUGCUUGGUUUUGAAGCCUCUGAAAUGCGUAGACUUGUUAAGUUGGUCCGAAGAGGUGGUGGAUCACGGUAUAUGAUUCUUAGCGAAAGAAUGACACAUAUUGUUGUUGGAACUCCUUCAGAGAGUGAGAAAAAGGAAGCGAGGAGUGUUGCAGCUUCUGGUGUCAUUCAAGUAGUUACCCCCAGUUGGCUUGAAGAUUGUGAUCGUGAGAAAAAAGAAAUUCCCAUUCAUAAAAUAUAUACUGCUCACAGUUUGAUUCUUCCAAGAGAUUCUGCAUGCUUGACCAAGGGAUCUCGUGAAGGAAUGCCAGGUAUGGAAAAGGGUAAAAUAACUUUUCCUCAGACCAUGGCAUAUGAUUCCCCUUCGAGGAGUAUCAAUGUUCCAGAUGAGGCCGCAACUUUACGGGGAAAGAAUAAAGAAACAGUGCUGGACUUUGGCAGGAAAGAUGAGAUUCACGUCGAAAGAAAGCCAGUACCACCGAAGCAAAAGGAAACAUUUAAUUCCCUUGUAACUAAUAAAAGCAAAGAACAACAGAAAGUUCAAUGCGAAUCCAGUGGCCAGAGCAAGCAAGAAAGAAAGUCAUCAGUAUUUAAGGGGAAGAUAUUUUGUUUCUCACAUUCGUUUCCUGAAGAUAGGCGACCCGAAAUCGUGGAAUGGGUGAAUCAAGGAGGGGGAGAGGUGGUAAAUGAUCCCUUUAUAAAGAACACACAUUUUACUAUUGAAUGCCAUGGUAUGUUCCGGAGUGCUGGGGGUACCCAAACCAUUUAUGUCUCGAGUCACUGGGUUCGAUCUUGUUUAGAGGAUGGUUUGUUACUUAACGUUAGUAGUCAUAUCCUCUAUUCGCCUCUUCCCUGCCAGGCUCCUUUGCCUGGAUUUGAAAGCCUUCGCUUUUGUGUUUCCCAUUAUGAAGGGAAGGAUAGAUUACUCCUGAGAAAUUUGUGUGUCGUUCUCGGAGCAAAAUUUGUGGAAAAACAAACCAAGAAAGUGACUCACUUGCUAUGCAAGUUUGCUCACGGACCUAAGUAUGACGCAGCUUCCAAGUGGGGAAUAGUUCCCGUGACAUCUGACUGGCUCUAUGAAUGUGUUAGACAGAAUCAAGUUGUUUGUCCAGAUAACUAUCAUCCAAAGGAAAUGAACACUCAAGACCGGGAAGCAGGGAUUGGCUUGGCAACUCAAUUUCAUACACAGUCUGUGCCAGUGGCCUCAAGGGACACUGAUUCUCUGCUUGUAAGUCACUCUGAAGAUAGGGAAAAAUCUCAAAAUUUUGCUGGCAAAAAUGGCUGCGAGAAAAGUGAGGUAAACAACAGACUUGGAGAAACUGGAAGGGAACAGAGUUUUCCGUCUAAGAAGCCAAAACUUUUUAGAGAUGGUCAAGAGCGUGAUGCGUUUCCUAUGGAUGAACAUCCAAGUAAUUUUGCUCGCCCUUUAAAGGAUGGAGAUGGUAUUGGUUUUGGAAACGACGUAGUAGCAAGUGGUGGCGAAGUUCCAGAUGUGGCUGAUACGAUUGAGGAUCUGUUGGAGCAGACAAGUAAAAUUCAAGAUCAGAACUCUCCUGGGAGUGGGAGGAUUUCAGAGAAAACUCUUUUUCCAAGUAGUGAACAAUACAACAGCGGGAAUCAUUCUGUGACUGGCCUGUCUAGACACUGGAUAAACAGGGUCCAGGAGAAUGACGAUGGAUGCAAGCCUCCAGGAGAUGUACCUACAGGCACUUACGGAAACUUUAGUGAGACGCAGACAGAGUCGCAGGUUGUUGGCUACGAGGAAGAUCUUUCAGGAAGGCAGAUGCUUAUCGAUAGAGUAAGAACACGAAGCAGCUUAACAUAAAAGAGAUGAGAGUGCGAUGGUGUGUGAAAUAGAGAGAAGACGACAACAUUCAUCAUUGUUUUAUUGUAAAGUGUUGCAAAGACAAACAUCCAUUACAGAAACAGCUUCUUAGCAGCAUUAAAAAGUGAUGAAUCAUAUGUAGACAGACACAGUUACAAAGCUUACGAAAUGAUGCAUACUUUACAUGUGA